GGGGGACCGAGCAGAGCCUAAGUGUCCUCUUUUAGUCUCCUUCUUUGAUUCCUCGAAAACCCUGGAGUAGCUUAGCAAGAGAGCCCAGGGUUUCUGGAUGGAUCGCCAGCCCUAUGACUCAGGGGCUCCUGUCAGUUUCUUCUCCCGGGAUUUUGAUUUCAGUUCAGUGAGUUCAUCGCUCCAUCUGAGAGAUGAGGAAACGGAGUCUUAGAGCACAGCCCCGAGGCUCUGUCUACCAGGCUCCAUCUCCUCCCUGCUCUAUAUCCCCUCUAGGCAGCAUGGCUGUAUUCCGGUCGGGCCUCUUAGUGCUGACGACGCCUCUGGGCUCCUUGGCCCCUCGCCUGGCUCCUAUCCUGACGUUGGCGGCUCGGCUGGUGAAUCACACGCUCUACGUACAUCUGCAGCCGGGCAUGAGCCUGGAGGGCGCAGCUCAGCCCCAGGCCAGCCCCGUACAGGCCACGUUUGAGGUUCUUGAUUUCAUCUCUACCCUCUACAGUGGUGCCAAAGUCCACACUCACCUGGACGUCAGAAUCCUGCUGACCAAUAUCCGAACCAAGAGCGCCUUUCUCCCUCUCCUGCCCAGCCCAGUCCAGAACCUGGCCCACCCGCCGGAGGUGGUGCUGACUGACUUCCAGACCCUGGAUGGAAGCCAGUACAACCCCGUCAAGCAACAGCUAGAGCGUUAUGCCACCAGCUGUUACAGUUGUUGUCCACAACUGUCUUCAGUGCUACUAAACCCCGAUUAUGGAGAGCUACCCGUGGGAUCCCUGGACGUCCCCUUACCCUCCACCAUCAGGCCAUCCUCCCCCGUGGCCAGAUCGCCAAAGCAGCCGGUGCGUGGCUACCUUCGUGGGGCUGUGGGUGGCACGUUUGACCGCCUGCACAAUGCCCACAAAGUGUUGCUCAGUGUUGCGUGCAUCCUGGCCCAGGAGCAGCUUGUGGUGGGAGUAGCAGACAAAGACCUGUUGAAGAGCAAGUUGCUCCCUGAGCUGCUCCAACCCUACACAGAACGCGUGGAACAUCUGAGUGAGUUCCUGGUGGACAUCAAGCCCUCCUUGACUUAUGAUAUCGUCCCCCUGCUGGACCCCUAUGGGCCCGCUGGCUCUGACCCCUCCCUGGAGUUCCUGGUGGUCAGCGAGGAGACCUGUCGUGGGGGGAUGGCCGUCAACCGCUUCCGCCUUGAGAAUGACCUGGAGGAGCUUGCCUUGUACCAGAUCCAGCUCCUGAAGGACCUAAACCACAAAGAAAAUGAAGAGGACAAAGUCAGCUCCUCUAGCUUUCGCCAGAGAAUGCUGGGAAACCUGCUUCGGCCACCAUAUAAGAGGCCAGAGCUCCCCUCAUGUCUCUACGUGAUUGGGCUGACAGGCAUCAGUGGCUCUGGGAAGAGCUCAGUAGCUCAGCGGCUGAAGGGCCUGGGAGCAUUUGUCAUUGACAGUGACCAGCUGGGCCAUCGGGCCUAUGCCCCAGGUGGUCCUGCCUACCAGCCUGUAGUGGAGGCCUUUGGAACAGAUAUUCUCCAUAAAGAUGGCAUUAUCAACAGAAAGGUCCUGGGCAGCCGGGUUUUUGGGAACAAGAAACAGCUGAAGAUACUCACAGACAUUAUGUGGCCAGUUAUUGCAAAGCUGACCAGAGAGGAGUUGGAUCAGGCUGUGGCUGAGGGAAAGCAUGUGUGCGUGAUUGAUGCUGCCAUGCUACUUGAAGCCGGUUGGCAGAACAUGGUGCAUGAGGUGUGGACUGUUGUCAUCCCUGAGACUGAGGCUGUACGACGAAUUGUGGAAAGGGAUGGCUUGAGUGAGGCUGCGGCUCAAAGCCGGCUACAGAGCCAGAUGAAUGGGCAGCAGCUUGUGGACCAGAGCCAUGUGGUGCUGAGCACCUUGUGGGAGCCACACAUCACCCAGCGCCAGGUGGAGAAAGCCUGGGCCCUCCUGCAGAAGCGCAUCCACAAGACACCAGCCUAUGACUCACAAUGAGUUUUCUGUGGGGCUAGAUUGGCCCCUGGAGCUGACAAGAGAUCCAGCGGUGAGGAGGAAUGGGGGCCUCAAUGCUCACCCUGGCUCACUAAAGGCCUCUGAGCUAAACAGGGCAGGGCCGGGCAGGGCUGGGCCGGGUCUGGUGGAAACAGAAUGCCUACCCAGCUUGCUGGUGUUUGGCCAACACUGAGGUUGUGGCUCAUGGGGGAGCAGGCCUCUCUGGCAUUCCAAACCCAGUCUUGCCUACAGGUGUCUGUGAUACCUAUGGCCGACGGGCUGGGACAAACACUGGAACUUGUAAAAGAAUUAAAGGUGAAUGUCUCCA